AUGGAGCUUCCGCCGGAACUACGCAACCACAUAUACGAGAUAGUCAUUGAGGACAUACGUACCACCGAAAAUGAUGCAGUCGGUAUCGUCUUUUGCCUUAGGAACGAAUGGCCUUGUCGCGACGAUGACCUCUUUCGCUACGUCGAGGAUACGUUCGACGGCAAUAACGCUUCUUGGAGAGAGUAUUGGAGGAUCGAACGAUCAAGAACGAACUUUCUAUACUGCCAUCUCAACAAACUAUCGCGCACCAUCAGGCAGGAAUUUGUGCCAAUGCUGUGGAGUCGCAUGCACGUAAGCCUCGACCUUUUGCGUGGCAACAUUGCCUACAUUACGUGGGAUAUGGACCUGCUGUGCGAAAGGGAUAUCGAUUGGGAUGACGAGCCGCUACGCACCCGCAUGGAGUUCGUCGAAUUUCUGAAAAAUGUUGACUUCAAAGGCACAAUCAAUCUGGUAGGACACAGGGCGCACGUUGAGAGCUUCAGGCAGGCUUUGGAAAGCAUUGCCGCCGCUGAAAAUACCGAGCAUGCUCGACAUGUGGCUAUGCAAAGGGUCAAACAGAUCGACGAGUCGUACGACCAACUUGUAAAAAGACAUUGGAACAAUUCCGGUACGGAUGAUGUUCGCGUCAAAUUUGAUAUCAAUCUUCGAGAGUCUCGAUACGAAGAUGACACGACUUGA